ACGAUGGUUCGGUAUAUGGGAAGGGUCUUAUACCAAUCCUACCAAUCACAGAUUCAGAUUUUCUCUGUUGCGAAGGGAACACUGACUUUGGUUAUUCAAUGAUUCCUCAUAGUGUGGUCAAUGCUUCCUCCAAAGUCUGCGAGUUUCAAAAGCCUUAUGUUGAUAGGGAAUUGGUAUCUGGUGUAGGUUCAGCUGCAGCCUUAAAUAGUAUUCAGCAGGAUGGAGAGUUAGAUAGUAAUAUAAACAGGCCUCAGCUAAUUGAUAACUUCACUGGUGAUGGAGGUAGCACCCCUAUGUCAUGGUCCACAUUAGAUGAUGUAGAAAUUGUGAUAAAUAACAAUCUCUUGAUUAGUGGAGGUCAAGAGGACCAUCCAGAAAGGCUUGACGGGAGUUGCCUAACCCUUGGAAUUGGAUGCCAGUCAAAUGAUUUAUCGGGAAGAAAUGUUGGUUAUGAUUCUGAAAGGGCUGUCCUUCCUCAGUCGAACAUAGUUCACAGUCAAAACGCCAACAGAAGUUUGCAUCAUUUCCCUAAAGUAGCUGCUGGUUUUUCUUGCGUUCAGAACAAUAUGGGGCAAGUUGAGAAGCAGCAACAAUUUCUUGUGCCGGGAAACAUGAAUGUCUAUCUUGGAGUUGAAGGGAACUGCGAUGAAAGAUCUUUAUAUUUUGAUCCUAAUAACGGUAUUCAGGGCUACCCAGCUGUGCCUAUUCUACCAGUUGGUAAUAGCCUAGCGAGGUUGCCUGAUUCUGGACUGAGCAAGGUGAAUGAGUUGCCAUUGUCAUCUUGUCUGAAUACGAGUACUUGUCUACCACUGUCUGACCAAUCACAAAAUCAUCAUAUGGAAUCAGGCACAAGAAAUGCUUACUUGCACAAUCAAUCCGGGAAGCCUUUCACAGCUAAUGAGGGUAUUGCUGCACAAGUUGCUGAAAGAGGUCUUUUUCCAGAAGAAUUCAGGUUCAGCCAGCUAGCUAGUAAUCCUUAUCAACCUGAAGUCGUUAGUGCUGUUCUUUCUUCUACAGACCAUCCUGGAUUUGUGAUAACCGGUCAAGAACUUCCAACUACCAAAGUUAAUAGAGCUAUUCAACCUCCUAGAGCUUUUGUUGGAACAUCUGUUAAGAGGGGUGCAGCUGAAAUCUCAGCAUGUAGUUACCAAGCUCAACCCACAUUUGCAGGUGAAGAAAUUCCAGCUACCAAGGUUAGUAAGACUUCUCAGUGUUCGAGGGCUUUUGUUGGAACAUCUGUUAAGAGGGGUGCAGCAGAAACAUUCACAGGUACUUCCCAUGCUGAUCCCAGCAAGGCAAGAAGAACUCAAUAUUCCACUGGUCUAUCUGCCGAAGCUCCAUUCCUGGAAGUUUCUUCACUCCAAAUCUUAUCCCAGGAUGCUUCUUUCUCAAGUCGAGAUCAUACUUCUCCAUCUCUCCUACACCAGGCCAAAAGCACACCACUGAACCAGCCCCAAUCCCAGACCAGGUCUGAUCUUCCGCCUGAUGUCAAAGGUCUCCCAUCCCUGACCCUGAAUGCUCCCUCUCUCCAACUCCAAGCCAAGAGUGCUCCAUCAUUGCCUCCUUUUCCCCAGACCGCUUCAUAUCUCUCACCUGAAGUCAGAUGUAAUCCAUCACUGUCAUCGCUAUCCCAGACUUCACCCUCUCUCCCACUCCAAGCUAAAAGUACUCCAUUACUCCCAUUCCUAUUCCAGACUACUUCGUCUCUCGCACCUCAAGUCAAAGGCAUUUCAUCACUUCCAUCCCUAUCCCAGACUGCUCCUUCCAUCCAAACCCAAGCCAAGAGUAUACCCUCAUUACCACCCACAACCUCUUCUAUACCAACCAAAACAAGAAGGAAUGUAUUACUUCGACACCAAUCCCAGACGGCUCACUCUCUCCUACCCCAAGCCAAAACUACUACAUCACUCCCGCUUCCAUAUUUGACGGUUCCAUCUCUUUUACCCAUCACCAGUACUACAUCACCCCCAACCUUAUCCCAGAAUGGUCCCUCUUGCCCACCUCAGCCCCAAAAUGCUUCUCCACUUCCAUCACAAAAGACAACUGGCCGACCACUGCCACCAAAAUCCUUGAGAGGUUCAUCUCUUCCACAAAAACCUCGGACUGCUUUGCCACUCAGGUCUCAUAUUCCUUCAUCACUGUCAUCAAAAUUUAGUGCUCCACCACCAAUCCCACCCCAACCUCAGACUGCUUCCCCAGUUCCACGGAAAUAUAUAGCUUCACCUUUCUCACCCCAGACUACUCUACCAGUCACACAAAAAGUUAAUGCUCCACCUCUGCCACCUCAACACCAGACUGAUCCAGUACUCCAUAUAAAAUGGAAUGCUGCUGAUGAAACUCAACUAAUUGGGCACAAGUGCUUGAUAUGCAAGAGGGAUCUUGCCUUCACACCAGACGGCCCUGUUUCUGUGCCACCUAUUGCACCAAUUGUUGCUGUUCUACCGUGUGGCCACACCUUCCAUGACCAUUGCUUGCAGCUCAUCACCCCGGAAGAUGAAAAUAAAAGUCCUCCAUGCAUUCCUUGUGCCAUUGGCGAGAGUUGAACCUAGCCAUGCUUAUUAAUUUUCAAAUCUCUAACCAUAUUGAAGUUUGUUCCAAUGAGCCAAAUCUGAGGGGAUAUGAAUGAAAAUUUUAGACAUUUCACCAUACAUCCGUUCGGUUCACCUGUAUAGAUUGCUGGCAAAGGUGAUUUGGUUUAUAAGUAUAGGUCAUUAAGAGGUGUAUAUGGUAGACAGCCUGUUUUGCUAUCCUGCUGGAUGCAGUCUAUAGUGGUUGAAGUUGUCAUCGAUCCUUAACUUUUCAUAGAUUAUCCAUUGCUUAGGGUGGUUUUUUCUUUUUUUUUUUCUUUUUCCGUAACCCACAUAUUUGGGGUUCCUAUAUUCUUGUCUAAAUGAGUUUGGAUCCCUUAACUAUACAUAUACAUUGUAAUAUUAGGAUCCAUGUGAUAGUGUGGGCAUGCCCAGAUUUUGAUGUGCACAUAUGGAUCUUUGUUUGAAUUUUUACAGACAGACAUGUUUGGACAGACAAAGUCCAAACUAUCCUUUACUCA